AAAGACAGUCAAUAUAUUAAAAACAAACAAUUUGUGCAUAAAUGUCAUGAUAAUCAAUAACAAAGUCGAGCUUGAACACAGUUCUGGGACAGCAUGUUCACACCUAUUAAUGAUCAAGUGCAAUUCAUCCAUUCAUGUGUGAGCACACACACACACACACACCACGCUGCAGUCCUGGACUCAGACCAGACUUCACCUCAGACUCUGCACCACUUUCUGAUCCACAUCAGCAUGAUGUUGGUAUAAAACCAGGGUUAUUUUGUUGAUCCGGAUCCGUCGCUGUCACACUUCUCUCACACUUCACUCUCCGGACAAACCUGCGCUGGUCAUGCCGGGGUGUGUGGCUCUGCUGGCCGUGCUCGCUGUCCUCUCAGCCGGGCUCAGGAGCCCCGUGGCCGGCGUGGCGGCGGAGAUGCUCCAGGGCUCCGGCUUGAGCGGCGGCGCCGUGGCCGCGGCGCGGAGCUCCGAGGACGGGGACAGCGCAGCGGGACUAGCCGGCUGCCCUUCCCGCUGUCGGUGCGAGGUGGACGGGCUGCUGCACCGGGUGGACUGCGCGGACCUGGGUCUCCGGGAGAUACCGAGCAACCUGAGCGUGUUCACGUCUUACCUUGAUCUGAGUAUGAAUAAUCUGACGACGUUGUCCAGCGGAGGUUUGUCGAACCUGCACUUUCUGGAGGAGCUGCGUUUGGCGGGAAACGAUCUGUCGCUCAUCCCCCGGGGAGCGUUCAGUGGCCUCUACAACCUCAAAGUGCUAAUGCUCCAGAACAACCAGCUGAGGUCUGUCCCUGCUGAGGCGUUCAAGGACCUGCACAACCUGCAGUCACUACGUCUCGAUGCCAACCACAUCUCUGGCGUUCCCGCCGGCUGCUUCUCUGGCCUGCGUUUGCUCCGUCACCUGUGGCUGGACGACAACGCCCUGACGGUGGUGCCCGUGGAGGCGCUGCGUGACCUGCCGGCGCUACAGGCCAUGACCCUCGCCCUCAACCUCAUCAGCCACGUCCCCGACCACGCCUUCAGCAAGCUGGGCCGCCUGGUGGUGCUGCAUCUCAACAACAAUAGGAUCGUUUCCAUGGGAACGAGCUGCUUCCACGGACUCCACAGUUUGGAGACGCUGGAUUUGAACUACAACAGCCUGGUGGAGUUUCCCACGUCCAUCCGCUCGCUCAGUCACCUCAAAGAGCUUGGUUUCCAUAGCAACAGCAUCCAGUCCAUCCCGGAGCACGCCUUCACUGGGAACCCGUCACUCAUCACCAUAUUCUUCUACGACAAUCCGAUCCAGUCUGUCGGACGUUCGGCGUUCCAGAACCUGCCGGAGCUUCGCACGCUGUCUCUGAACGGAGCCGCAGAUCUCACCGAGUUUCCAGAUCUGACAGGAACCAAAAGCCUGGAGAGUUUGACCAUCACAGGAGCUCGUAUCAAGUCUCUUCCCUCUUCAGUGUGUGAGCAGCUCCCAAACCUACAGCUGCUGGACCUCUCCUAUAAUCACAUCCAGACUCUUCCCAGCUUCUCCGGGUGUGAAAACAUCCAGAAAAUAGAUCUGCACCAUAAUGAGAUAGAGGAGCUGCAGGAGAACACCUUCCAUGGUCUGACGUCACUGUGUUCUCUCGAUUUGUCUUGGAACAGCCUGUCGUCAGUGAAGCCCAACUCUUUCUCGGCUCUGCCCGCUCUGACCAAACUCGAUCUGACGUCCAAUCAGCUGUCGUCUCUGCCUCUGAUUGGUCUGCAGAGUCUAACUCACCUGCGAUUGGCCGGAAAUGAUCAGCUGAUGGAGUUAAUGCCUCGAGAGGACCUGCCGCGAGUCAGGGUGAUGGAGCUACCUUACGCCUUCCAGUGCUGUGCCUUCAUCUCCUGUGAGAGGAGAGGAGGAGGAGGAGGAGGAGGAGGAGGUGGAGGUUUGUCCUGGGAGAGGGACGAGACGGCCGACUCCACUGGGAGAGACAGCGCUGACGUCUCCAGACAAGUGGAUCAGGACUGGGACGAUUUCCUCAUGGAGUUUGACGAAGAACCGAAACCUCAACACUCGGUCCACUGCAGCCCUGCACCAGGUCCGUUCCGUCCCUGUCUCCACCUGCUCGGCAGCUGGUUGAUCCGCGUGGGGGUGUGGCUCGUCGCCGUGCUCUCGCUCGUAAGCAACAGCCUCGUCGUGCUGUCGGUGUUCUGUUCCCCGGCCACGUUGGUCACACCCCCCAAGCUGCUGAUUGGCCUGCUGGCCCUGGUGAAUGGCCUGAUGGGAGUGUGGAGUGGCUGGUUGGCGGCGGUGGAUGCCUGGACGUUCGGCAGCUUCUGGAGGUUCGGGGCAAAGUGGGAGAGCAGCUUCCUGUGUCGGCUCAGCGGCUUCCUGUGCGUGUUUGCGUCGCAGACCGGCCUCUUCCUGCUCACCGUGGCUGUUCUGGAACGAUGCCUGGCCGCUAACGUGCGACGCAGCAAGACUCUUGAACACAGAGGUCGCUGCUCGUCUCCGAUCUCCCUCCGCCUCUCCAUCUUCCUGUGCUUCCUGCUGGGUGUGGCCGUGACGCUGCCCCCCCUGGUGGCCACACACAGUAGCACCUCCCUCUGCCUGCCGCUGCCUUCCCCCUCCUCCUCUUCCUCCCUGGCCUUCUCCGUCUCGCUCGUGCUCCUCGACUCCCUCUGUUUCCUCGUCAUGACACUCGCCUACACGCGCCUUUACUGCCGCGCUGACAAAGCCCCGCCUCCCUCGGAGGAGGAGGCGGCGCUGACGCGACACGUCGCCUGGCUGCUCUUCUCCGACUGCCUCCUCUACCUCCCGGUGGCCUUCCUCUCCUCCUCCUCUCUGCUGCGCCUCCCCGCCGCCGGACCAGAGGCGGCGAAGGGGAUGUUGCUGCUCGUGGCGCCGCUGCCGUCCUGCGUCAACCCGCUUCUCUACCUCCUGUUCAACCCGCUCGCCAGGGAGGAGCUGGCAGCGCUGGCCAAGCGCACCUGUGGGGCUGUGCCGAGGAAACACUGGGGAGGAGGAAGAGGAGGAGGAAGAAGACCAGCGUCCAUGACAAUGGAUUCGACGUACGACGAGGACGCAGAGAAGCAAUCGUGUGACUCCACUCAGGCGCUGGUGGCACUCGGAGGCACGGGCGAGGAGGAGGAGGAGAGAGGAAGAAUAAUGAGCGAGAGGCGACACUCAGUGGCGCUUGUUCCACAUUAUUAGACACACACACACACACACACACACACUGAUAUGACUGAGCGGCAGCACAUGUAGCAAAGGACGGUGAAAGAAAAACAAACGCCAUGAACGCAGCGCGAGUUUCACUCUCUGUCUUGGAUGCAAAUAUUGCAAAUAUUUUGAGUCUUCAAAUUUCCCAAUUUAUCAUCGUUCUGGAAAUUCUAGCUGUCGGUCACACUGACCUAAGCUUUAGCAUGAGCAUUAGCGCAAAGUAGCCGUUAGCCCAAGUAAUAAACGCGAACAAUACGUGAAUAAACGUAAAUGUGACGCGAGUACGACUUACGAACACGACUUGAACAUUUUUUUUCUGUUCAGUGUGACUGCACCUUCAGAUAUUCCCGUGGCUUUUAUUUUGAAAUAUUUCAUGCUUUGCAGUGUUGCGUUACUAACCGUGCGACCAAAUGUUGCAGCUGUUGACUGUGUGUGUGUGUGUGUGUGUUUGCGAGCGUGUGUGAAAAGUGAGGCGCCCGUGUGAGUUUUGUCACCGAGCCUCGAACCGAAAACAGGAACCAGACUCUUACCGUAUGUUCAGAAACACAACGGAUCCUUCACUUAUUUAUUUUCUCGUUAGUGAAGUAAAAAAAGGUUUCUACAAGGUCAUUUAAAAAUAAAUAAAUAAAUAGAGAAAUCGGAUCAAACAGACUCACACCUCUGUGAGUGUGUAGUGUGUUGUAAUAACUGUGACAAUCAUGUGUAGACUGUGAGAAAUGCCUUUGAAAACGAUGUUUGUGAUGUUUGUAUAUAUUCUCUGUUUGAUGAUGAGGACUUAUUCUCUCUUUCCUUUCUUUCCCGUCUCUCUUGGAACGUUUAAACGUCUGCAUGAGUCUGAAAAAGUGCUGCAUGAACUUCGUUCACAUCCAAAAAACUGUGUGCGUGAGACUUUGGCACAAACAUGAUGGACGUUUCAGCUGGAGCGCCCCCUGGAGUUUGUAAUUACAAGUCGUCAAAACUCCUUCAGAGGAUGCGCUCCAUUUACACUGGAUAUUUGCAGCUGGGAGAGAAGUUAUCUCCGAGUUGACAGCAUUCCAGUUGAGAAGAUAAUGCGGUUCUACGUGGUAUUUUUGCGCAAACAAACGCUGUAGCAACAUGUUAACAUCAAAAAAAAAUGGAAUCUGGACUUUUUGCAUUGGAAAUCCGACUUUAGGCGUUCCAAUUGAGUAUUCCGACGAGGAACUCGGAAAUUCUGAUUCCUGCCUUAAGUUCAAAUUCAGGAUGGCUGCUCUGAGUGUAAAAGUGUAAUUUUUACAGGUUUAGCAUUUUUGUGUCAUUUGGCUCUUUUUCAAUGACCCAUGUCUUUUUAGGGAUAUUUUCAAAAACUAUCAAGGGCCUUGAUUUUUUUCAAAUUCACAAACUUUCAAGGAUUUCAAGGAAGCUUCCCAUGGGUCAUCAAAAUUCUUUUAAGUUUCUACAUUUUUUUUUUCCAGUCCCUUAAAGGUAGCUCCCCAAUAGUCCUUCAUAAUCCUUGAAAGUUUGUGAAUUUGGGGGGAAAAAAAUCAAGGUCCUUGAGUAGACAUCGGCCAUUGAAAGUGCUGGAAAGAAGUUCCUCGUCAGAGCAGGUACUAAAAACUAUUCUGUGCCUAAACGAUAUGUUGCUACGCAGUUUUUUUAUGUGUAAAAUACCAAAGUAACGCGUUCAUCAAAUGGAGCAGAUUAACCUGGAGGCGACUGGAAAACACCAGGGACUCAAGUUCCACGUUCAAGGAUUCAUCCACAUCUCAUGGUUUUUUUCUGACACGUGACCAAAUACUAUGUUGGAUCCUCCAUGAGAAGAGCACAUGUGUCAUUUUGGACUUCUAAAAACAUGGUACAUGGACCGGACUCUGACACCGACUGUGUGACAGUUUUAACUGCUGCAAUUCUCUGUGACCAGCACUUAAAAAUCAUAAAAACAAAAACAUAAGCUUUUAUUUUUUAAUAUUGUUCAUCUUCAUUUCUGUUGUAAGCUUUUGUUAUUGUAGUUUGUAAAAAAAACAAAAAAAACAACGUGGAUGUAACUGCA